GUUCUUUGGGACUGGAUACAGUCCCACAAAGCAGACUGACUCGGUAAAGGACCCACUGAGGAAAGAAAACACAGGUCGCCGGGAGGCACUUGGGCUCCCUAGACUCUCGUAAGCCUCCAGGAAACCGGAAGGCAGUAAUUCGAGGAGAUGGUGACCUCAACUCCGCCCCACUGAGUGUCAGACCGACCCGAGCGGUUCAGGAAUUCAGGAAACUGUAAAUCAACCACAGCAGCCUCAACAACCGCCUCCCUCAACAUCAACAACCUUCGCAAUAAAACGUGCGAAGACGCUUUCCCUUCUGCAGCCCCGAAGCGCGGAGGAGGCAGGAGCUGCGGGGAGCUCGCUGCUUCCCGUCGCAGGCUUAGCGUCUAGCAUCUCGGGGAGUCGGCGGAGCCACACGUUCUCUCCGGGGAGGGCACGAGGCCAAGAACACUCUGUUCUUCUCACUGCCGAGCCAGAAAAGAUAGAAGCGAGCCGAGGCCGAGGCGACAAGGCUGACAGAGGCCGGGCACGACUUCUCGGGCUCGAACGCAAUGGUCCCAGCCAUAAAUGUCUCGCGCGAGGUGGGGCAGCUGCUGUUCCAGCCCUAUGAUUUCGAGACGACCCGGGACUUGAGGCCUUUUUUGGAGGAGUACUGGGCAACUGCGUUCCCUAUUGCUCUGGUCUACCUGCUGCUCAUACUUGUGGGGCAGAACUACAUGAAGGCAAAGAAGGGCUUUGACCUGCAGUGGCCCCUAGUCCUCUGGUCCUUUUGCCUUGCACUCUUCAGUAUCCUGGGGACAGUGAGAACAUGGGGCUAUAUGGGGACCCUGAUACUUCGCAGGGGCCUGAAGCACACUGUUUGCUUCAAUGAGUACGUCGAUGACACCAUAAUCAAAUUCUGGUCCUGCCUCUUUCUUCUCAGCAAGGUCAUUGAACUCGGAGAUACAGCCUUCAUCAUCUUGCGAAAGCGGCCACUCAUCUUUAUGCACUGGUACCAUCACAGCACGGUGCUGGUAUUCACAAGCUUUGGGUACAAGAACAAAGUGCCUUCAGGCGGGUGGUUCAUGACCAUGAACUUCGGCGUGCAUGCCAUCAUGUACACCUACUACACCCUGAAGGCCGCCAGAGUGAAGCACCCCAGGCUGCUGCCCAUGAUUAUCACCAGCCUGCAAAUCCUGCAGAUGGUCAUGGGGACCACUGUGGGCAUCCUCACUUACAUCUGGAAGCAGGAACAAGGGUGCCACACCACAAUGGAACACUUCUUCUGGUCCUUUGUCUUGUAUUCGACCUAUUUCAUCCUCUUUGCCCAUUUCUUCUGCAAAACCUACAUCAAGCCCCAGGUCAAAACCAAGCCCAAGAGCCAGUGAAGGUUUGGAGAGAAAGAUGGUAUCACAGGCUCUCUCUCUUCCCUCAGACUCUAGGGGGCUGGACUUGCAUUUGGAGAAUGACUAGGGUGCCUUCCCUGCAUGGCUUUCCGGUGCUUCAUGUGCCCCACAAAGGCAGAAGUUAUGCAGUGAAGAAUCACCCUAGGAUGGGGGGGUUAGUAUUUCUGUCUUUAAUGUGAAACCAAGCAAACAGGCCCUGGAAAUGGUGUGGGGCUGAGGAGGGUUACAAGAGCUGAUUUAUUUAUACUUCUAUCCAGAAUUGUUUCUUCUUGCUCUUUUUUUUUUUUUUUCAAUUAAUGACAUUGUGUUUUUUUUUUUUUUUUUUUUUUUUUUUGUCUUUUUCCUUUUUAUCGGUACCAGGGAUCGAACUCACGACUGCCUGCUUACAAGGCAGGCGCUUAUGCCACUGAGCUAAAUCCCCAGCCCCUAAUGACAUUGAACUAGGUGUAGUGGCACAGGCCUGUAAUUCCAACACUCAAGAAGCUGAGGCCGGCCUGGGCUGCAUAGUGAGUUCAAGGCCAGCCUGAAUUAACUGGCGAAACCCCUGUCUCAAACAGAACAAAACAAAAAUUAAUGAUGUUGACAGAUGUGCAGGGACUUAGGGAUCUGGGGUAAGAAAAGGGGUUCUGGGGCAGUUGGCUGGUGGGUGGCCAGCCGGGGGAAGCCUGAGGCUGUGUGGAAGGAUGGGAAGCACUCACACAGAGACAAUAAGAAUCCUAGGCCUGGUAGGCACUUAAUAAAUGUCUGUUACAGACCAGAA